UCCUCCUUCGGUCCCAGUUUCUUCCAUUCUCUCUCUCUCUCUCUCUCUCUCUCUCUCUCUCUGUGGCUCUCCAAAUCAAACCAAACGGAACCUGCAAAAACCUCUCUUUUGCUUUCUUCUCUCACAAAUCUCCGCCGUCGAUCCUCCUCACAUUCUCCGAUUCCCCACCGGAAUAUCCCGGCGGAGCAAUGGUACCAGGGUUUAUCCGCUGCUUCACUGACUUCACCUCCCAACCCCGUCUCGGAUGAUGGAACUCGCCGAUUCCUGCACCGACGACAACCCCAAGCCCACUGACUCCACCCGCUCCGGCAUCGGAAUCGGCAUCGAUCUCAACGAGAUCCCAUCCCCUUCUUCCUUCUCCGAAACCCUACCCGACACAUUCGACGUCGUCCGCUCCUUCCACGACAACCCGCCGCCGCCCGAUGGCGACCCCGCGGAUGUCCCGCGCGGGGGCCGCGGCUCCGUUUGUGGCUCCUGCGGCCACCCGGAGGUGCGCGGCCACGUCGUCGUGUGCGACGGCUGCGAGCGGGGGUUUCACUUGGCUUGCGCCGGAAUGCGGGGCGCUCACGCGUUGAAUUUCGAGGAUUGGGUAUGCGGGGACUGCCUUUGCAGCGGGGCCAAGAGUAAGCGCUGGCCUCUCGGGGUUAAGUCCAAGCAGCUUUUGGAUAUAAACGCUUCGCCGCCGAGUGAUGGUGAUGCGUACGGCGAGGAUGGUGCGGAAUUGCCGGGUAUCAGAAAGCACGCUGCAGUAGAUAAUUCUUUCCGUGGUACUUCCUUUUGCUCCUCUGUGAAAUAUAGAAACCUGAUACAUUCAGGGAAUGGAUUUGGCCUUCAAAGAGCUUCAGAUAUUGUGAAAAAUAAAGUUAAAGUGGGUUUAGGAGACAUAUCGCAGCAGACACAGGUUAUGGGACGAAGCUUGGAUGUAGAUUUGGGAUGUCCUUUAGGAAGUUGUAGAAGUAGUAGUGGUACAACAGUUAAAUUGUCAUCUGAAAAUACUAGUGAGAUCUUUUUACAGGCGCUUAGAGAUUUUAUUUCUGAAAGGCAUGGUGAAUUGGAGGAAGGAUGGAGUGUAGAGAUUAAACAGUCAGUCGACAGUUGUGAAUUUUAUGCUAUUUACCAUGCGCCUGAUGGGAAGACUUUUGGUUCAGUCUAUGAAGUUGCUUGUCAUCUUGGGUUGAUGUCUUCUAUGCAACCCAAAGCAAGAAGACAAGGGUUGUCCCAUUUUUCUGGAAAGUCUUAUACACCAAAAAGAAGAAAGCAAACCAAAUCUUCAGUUGCCAAUGGGUUUCCUGACAACAAUGGAAGUUUGAUUAAUGAUCGAUGUAAGGGGCUCUUGUGUGACCGUCGAAGCCCGUCUGUUAUCACAAUAGUUAAUCUUGAAAAUUCUGAGGAAGCCGUGGUGGAAGAAAACAGAGGCUCCAUUUCAUCACAAUGUUACGAAGGAUUUCCUCUUCAGUUUGAAGACUUCUUUGUUCUUUCCUUGGGGGAAAUUGAUGCAAGACCUUCAUAUCACGAUGUUACCAGGGUUUAUCCAAUAGGUUUUAGAUCUUGUUGGCACGAUAAGGUUACUGGUUCUCUAUUUUUAAAUGAAGUGUUAGAUGGUGGUGAUUCUGGGCCCCUCUUUAAGGUUAGAAGGUGUGCAUGCUCUGCUUUUCAAGUUCCAGUGGGGUCCACUGUCCUCUCUAGGCAAAAAAGUGAGGCCUUUUCUGUUGAACAAAACAUUGAAGAUUAUUUGAUUAAGAAUGGUAGUGAUGAGAACUUACAGAUGAUUCUCUCAGACCUAUGUCCGCCAAAUGAAAAUGAUAUUUUGUCUUGCCUUGGUACUCAUUCUGACGGAGCUUAUAGUGUUCAGAUGCAAAAUGGAUUGCAUCAUGAAGCAAGUUCCUUUGGAAAAUGUGGAGAUCUCUCAGAUUAUCCGCAUUUAAGAGAUGAAAUUGGUGAGAUUUCAGUUGAAGACACUUCAUUGUCAACAGCUUGGAAAAGAAUGUCACAUGAUUUGAUUAAAGCAUGCUCUGAAUUAUGCAAUCAGAAAAGUACUUUACGAUUCUGCUGUAAUCAUGCGGGUAACAAACAGAGUUUUCUAGGCCAUUGUAGAAACAUAGACAAUAGUGAACUGAACUCUAGAUUGGCAAAAUUUUGUGGUUUUCCAAGUUCUGAUUUCAUCUGGUCUGUGGUUGAAGUUGAGAACGAGCACUGUAAUUUGCCUGAUGAACUUGAAAAGUGGCUGGACCAGGAUAGAUUUGGGUUAGACAUGGAAUUUGUACAAGAAAUACUUGAAAAAAUUCCAUGGAUUCAAUCCUGUUCAAGAUAUCAGUUUGUAAAUAAGAGAAGAGACAGUACGACGUUACCAACAGUUGAAAAUGGGGUUAUAGAGGUUCAGAAAUUUGAUGGAGAAUGUAAAGAAGACGAGCCACUGAAUUUUUUAUUUAGAAGAUUGAAAAAAGCCAAGUUAGUUGGUGAUGGCAACACCAGAGACAAGAAUCCUCCACCAGGGAAGCCUUUGUGCUUGCAUGUUCCUCCUGAACUUAUUGGUGAUGUUUACCAGGUUUGGGAUUUCUUAUCUCGUUUUCAUGAAAACUUGGGUCUUAAAGAGGCCUUGUCUCUUGAGGAACUUGAGGAAGGUCUUUUCAACCUGCGGGGUGAUGGGACUAACGUUCUCCAAACAUCUGAGAGUGAAUUUGAGAAAGAUCAGAUUUUAAGUUCUCUUAACACAGAGUUUUCAAAUGGGCGAGUAUCCUCAAAAUUUAAUGCUAAUGGAGAUCCACAUGCAUUUAUACAAAUGGAAACAAGGGUGAUGAAGGAGGUAUCUGAAGGUGAACUAGCUUCCUCAACAGACAGCAGGUGCAUGGGUGCAGCUCUAACCAAAGCUCACACUUCUCUGUUAAGAGUGCUAAUCACUGAGCUUCAAUCCAAGGUAGCUGCUCUUGUGGAUCCUAAUUUUGAUUCUGGAGAGUCAAAACCAAAACGAGGAAGGAAAAAGGACGCAGAUAGUGCAACUUCUUUUAGGAAAAUGAAGCUGAAUUUGCUCCCUUUGAAUGAACUAACAUUGCCGGAAUUAGCCCGCCGAUACAUCUUGGCUGUUUUAACUAUGGACGGUAAUCUUGACUCAGCUGAAGUAACUGCUCGUGAAAGUGGAAGAGUGUUUCGAUGCCUACAAGGUGAUGGUGGCGUGCUUUGUGGCUCUCUCACUGGAGUGGCUGGGAUGGAGGCAGAUGCAUUUCUGCUUGCAGAGGCUACAAAGCAAAUAUUUGGAUCUUUGAAUAGAGAAAAACAUGUUAUUACAAUAGAAGAGGAAUCCUCUGAUACAACUGGUGGUUGUGAGAAGGUGCUUCUGACUGAUGGUAAUAUGCCAGAGUGGGCACAAGUGCUAGAACCUGUUAGAAAGUUACCAACAAAUGUGGGAACUAGAAUAAGAAAGUGUGUUUAUGAUGCUCUGGAGAGGGAUCCACCGGAAUGGGCAAAAAAGAUUUUGGAACAUUCAAUUAGUAAGGAAGUUUACAAGGGCAACGCAUCAGGACCUACAAAGAAAGCCGUUCUUUCAUUACUAGCAGAUAUAAGCAGUGAUGGCUUGCCACAGAAAGUUGAAAAACGAAGAAAGAGGACGAAUAUUUCUAUAUCAGAUAUUGUCAUGAAGCAAUGUCGCAUUGUAUUACGUCAUGCUGCUGCUGCAGAUGAUGCAAAAGUCUUCUGCAACUUGCUUGGCAGGAAAUUAAUGGCUUCAAGUGAUAAUGAUGAUGAAGGGCUUCUUGGUCCACCAGCCAUGGUUUCUCGGCCACUGGACUUCAGGACUAUUGACUUGAGAUUAGCUGCCGGGUCUUAUGGUGGAUCACAUGAAGCAUUUCUUGAGGAUGUGCAAGAGCUGUGGAACAACUUGCGCAAUGCUUAUGGUGAUCAGCCUGAUUUGGUUGAAUUAGUUGAGACACUAUCCCAGAAUUUUGAGACUCUUUAUGAAAAUAAGGUUGUAUCUCUUAUUCAAAAACUUCAGGAGUUCUCCAAGCUAGAAUCUCUAAGUGCAGAGACAAAAGUGGAAGUAGAUAGCUUUGUAGUGUCCUCAAAUGAGAUUCCAAAAGCCCCUUGGGAUGAGGGAGUCUGCAAAGUGUGUGGCAUUGAUAAAGAUGAUGACAGUGUCCUUCUGUGUGAUACAUGUGAUGCUGAAUAUCAUACAUAUUGUUUGAAUCCUCCUCUUGCUAGGAUUCCUGAAGGGAACUGGUACUGUCCCUCUUGUGUCAUGGGAACACAUAUGGUUGAAGAUCCGUUGGAACAUACUCGGAACCACAUUUUUAAUCUGCACAAAGGUAAGAAAUUCAGAGGAGAAGUUACUCAUGAUUUUCUGCAUAGACUUGCCAAUCUAGCGGUUGCAUUGGAAGAGAAGGAGUAUUGGGAGUUCAGUGUGGAUGAGAGGUUAUUCUUGCUCAAAUAUCUAUGUGAUGAGUUGCUUAGCUCUGCUUUAAUUCGACAACAUCUUGAGCAGUGUGUAGAGGCAUCUGCUGAGUUGCAGCAGAAGUUACGUUCAUGUCUCGUGGAGUGGAAAAAUCUCAAGUCUAGGGAAGAAGUUGUGGCUGCAAAAGCUGCAAAGCUGGAUACAACUAUGUUCAGUGCAGUUCGGGAAGGACAAGGUAGUUGUAAUGGAACUAGGCUUGGUGUUUCUGAUCAAUACUCAUCUCCAACGAGCUUAGAGAACAAGUCUCACAACCAUGCAGGUUUCCAGGAGCAAAUGAACAACACCCAUGAUGUUAUUAAUAACAAUGAUGUAGCUGGCAGUGUUCUAUCCAAUUCAGGUUCUCAAAACAGUGGCAAACCUUUGAAAUUUAAUCAGCCACCUUUGUCCGGUUCUUUGCCACAAGAAGUUGAUGGUUCCGAGGAAAGUAAUAUGGAGUCUGAAAUUUCAGCUCUACCAUCCACAAAGCAACGUUGUACCCUUUCUGAUGCUAAGGGAGUGCCUGUAGCUCCACAUGUUCCUCCUUUGAAUGAAUCACAAGCCUAUCAUAAUGAGUUGGAUAGUAUUAAGCAGGACAUAUCACAGCUGCAAGAUUCUAUUGCAGGUAUAGAAUUGGAGCUUCUGAAGGUUUCUGUGCGGAGAGAGUUUUUGGGUAGUGACUCUGCUGGUAGAUUGUAUUGGGCUACUGUUAUGUCAAAUGGACAGCCGCAAAUCAUUGCUAGUGGAAAUUUACUGAUGCAGAUUGGAAACGAUUUUAGAGACCAAGUCGGUAAAGAUUGCAUGUUUAAGAAUUUUUCUUCAUCCAGCAAUCGCAAUUAUUCAAGUUUGGAUGGGUUAAACAUGUAUUCUGCAUCGAUUCAUCUGCCAAGGAAUUCCGUUGGCAAUUUCUCAUGGGUUUCUUAUCAAACGGAGGAUGCAAUACUAGAACUCAUUGAUUGGCUGAAAGAUAACGACCCCAAAGAAAAGGAGUUAAAGGAGUCUAUUUUGCAAUGGCAUAAACCUAAACUUCAAAUGUCUUCACGAUCCAAUAAUCAAAGUCCUGAAGAGCAGUUAAGGGCUUCAUCAGCAAGCAUGGACGUUGAAAAACUUGAAUGUUCUGGUUUUCUUGUUACCAGGGCAUCUGCUGUAUUGGAAAGUAAGUAUGGUCCCUGCCUUGAACUUGAAACGCCCAACAACUUAAAUAGAUGGCCAUACAAGACCAGUCUAGAGGAAGAUGAGAAAAUGUACAGGUGUGUAUGCUUGGAGCCUGUCUGGCCUUCUCGGCAGCAUUGUCUCUCUUGCCACAAAAGCUUUUCAUCUGAUAUUGAACUUGAGAGACAUGAUGAUGGAAAGUGUAGUUCACACCCUACCUCAUCUGAUGGUGUUAAGGAAGCUGGCGUUUGUUUAAAAAGUAAAGGCAAUAUGAAAUUUGAGAGCAAUCAGGAGGAGAUCUCAAGCACGACUAUAACAGAAGCUUCAAAGGGAGGGUGUUUUAACCAUAGUAUGAGGUUAAUUAAAUUUCAGAAUGAUGGUGUGAUGUGUCCAUAUGACUUUGAACUCAUCUGUUCUAAGUUUUUGACAAAGGAUUCGAACAAGGAUGCUAUUAAGGAGAUUGGACUUAUUAGUUCUAAUGGGGUUCCAUCACUUUUGCCAUCUGUAUCACCAUAUAUUAUGGAAUCAACAUUGACUGCAAUUCAUCUCAAGAAUGAUUCUGAUACUCCGGAGGAUGGGACCUUGUCCUCUGAAAGGCUGGCUUCACUAGGACAUAAUGGUCUGGAAAAUGCUUGCCAUCUAAAUUCUUCUUUUGAUAGUUCAAUCCAAAGACCUGCUGUAAAUGAAAUUAGUACACUGAAAACAAAAAGACCGGCAUUAGGAUGCCCAGAACCAAAAAGUAAAAGAGUUUGCUUGGAUAACCGUUUUUCAGAGCUUGGGAUUGCUAGGUGUGGUGUCGUCCCUCAAUCAUCACAUAGGCCAUUAGUGGGCAGAAUCUUGCAUGUUGUAAGAGGACUGAAGAUGAAUUUGCUUGACAUGGAUGCUGCACUUCCUGAUGAAGCUUUAAGACCCUCAAAAUUACAUAUUGAGCGGAGAUGGGCCUGGCGUGCAUUUGUAAAAUCUGCAGGAACAAUUUUUGAGAUCGUUCAGGCAACAAUUGCAUUAGAGGACAUGAUAAGAACGGAAUACUUGAAGAAUGAAUGGUGGUACUGGUCGUCUCUCUCUGCUGCUGCCAAAAUUUCCUCUGUGUCUUCUCUUGCGCUGCGUAUAUUCUCUCUUGAUGCUGCGAUUAUAUAUGAGAAGAUAUCCCCUAAUCAAGAUUCAAAUGACUAUCUGGACCCGAGCAGUAUACCGGAACAGAAGCUGGCUGGUAUGGAUUUAACAGAAAAGCCCAGGGCAAGCAGGAAAUCUGGCAAGAAAAGAAAGGAACCAGAGGGUUAAUCUGGGAGUCUCAUAAUUUUACUCUCGACAAACUCAACUAAGAGGGUUUCUUCCAGUGGUUAUGGUGGUGGUAAGAGGUCUUGUGUUUAGAGGACAAGCACCUUCAAUUCAUUUUGUGGCUUAUACCGUGCCAUUGCUCGACAAAUUUGGAGUUCUUUAUGAAGUCGCUACUGCAACCAUUGAGCCCCUGCUGCUGACAGAUCGUUUGUACAUAGAGGUAACUCUACUAACUGGGAUACGCGGUUCGGAAUCUAUAAACUAAGCUUUGUUCAUAAAGACUGCUUGAGGCUCCAACUCUAAUUGAUAAUAUGGUCCCUUUGCCCAAUUUUGGACUGAACUGCUGGAGUUUUUCGUUAAAUGCUUGGAGUGGGUAGGAUCAAAUGAUGUCUAUUCUUCAAGAGAGACGCAUUUAGAAGGAUGAUGCUGUCCUUAAAAGAGCGAGAAUCCAUAUACAUAGAAAGCAUUAUGUAUAAAUAGAAAAGGGAGAAGGGAAGUCUAGAAAAAGAAUUAAUGCUCAGUUGUAAUCAUAUUUAAUUCUUUACAUUUCUUUACCCCUCCUAUCCGGCCACACAUUUUUUCUUCGCCAUUUAUUUUCAUUCCAACUGGGUACUUGUAGAUGCCUGAUCGUCAUUCACUGGAGGGGAGGAAAAAUCGCGCUGUUUUCUCUUGUGAUGCAAAUAACCUGCAUGGUAGGAUUUUCUUCAGUAUAUCUUUCACACCGCAGGUUUCAAAUACUCGAACCUAUUUAUAAGUUCUGCAGCAGUCGCCAUGGCAGGCAAUUGUUAAAUUCAACGUUUCUUCUGUAGAGGCAUUUUGUUUUCCUAGGUACUUGGCGAGCAAGGACUUGUUUUGGACCUUCCCCAAUACUUGCAACAGGUAGGUCGUAAGUACUAUGGUCUGAUUUAGAAUCUCCAAUAUUUGUGCUUAUAGCAACAAAAAAUAGUUAGUUGCACAGCUUUUUCUGUCU